GCGCGCUCCUCACUCACUGUCAGAUUAGAGUUUAAUCCAAGCGGGAGGAGCCGGGGGAGGAGGCGGAGGAGGGAGGAUCCGCUGUCAAGACGCUGUGUGCCGCAUCUUCAGGCGGAGUCGCGGUGUUCCCUUUGCACAGUGAAUGAGCGCGAUCCACCGGGGCUGCUGUCACUCUUUCCCCCGCCUCAUUCAGAAGAUGAGAGCCCGGUCUCUGGCUGCUGUCUCCGGCUGCUGCUGUCUUCGCCUCUCCGUUAAGAUGUUAGCCGGCUAACUAGCUGGGAAAGAGUAACUAAAUCGGAUUAGCGCUCUCUGGGUAACAGGUAUUAUUUUCUGUUCGUGACAGCUCUUGCACAGUCGAUUUUAACUCUGGGACAUUUUUUUUAACAAUUCGAUAUUUUUUUGUUCUUUUACUACUUUGUUCUUUAAUUACACGCUAGCUUUAAAUGUCGCCGCAAGCUAGCUGAGAUUAUUAGCUGGUGUUAAAGCAGAGCUGGAGCUCCUUCUCUCCGUAAUCCCGGCGUGUUUGUCAGGAAACAGAAGGGAAAAAGUCGAGCCUGUCUGACCCCCAAACUCCCUCCAACCUCCUCCAAAGUCAGCACGGAGGUGACGGACACUCCUCCGGGCUAGCUUGUCUCCAGGCUAGCGGGGCUGAGAAGCACGGACACACGCACGCGCGCACGCACGCCUCAUCUGAGAAAUUAUCCUCCAAUCCAAGAUGUCAGGGAAGGAUAAAGACAAAGACAAAGCGGAGAAACAGUCCACCACGGAGCGGCUGAUAAAAGCUGUGCCAUACCCUCCUCAACAUAAGCUGACCAUCAAAGAGCUCUUCGAAGAUGGAAAGCCGAACGCCGAGCUGCUCCGCACCCACCUGGUCAAGGAGGGCCGGGUGGAAGAGGACGUGGCCCUCAAGAUCAUCAAUGACGGGGCCAACAUCCUCCGCCAGGAGAAGUGCAUGCUGGAGGUGGAGGCGCCCAUCACAGUGUGUGGCGACGUCCACGGACAGUUCUUCGACCUCAUGAAGCUGUUCGAAGUGGGAGGAUCGCCCAGCAACACGCGGUAUCUCUUCCUCGGAGACUACGUCGAUCGAGGAUACUUCAGUAUUGAGUGUGUUCUCUACCUCUGGUCGCUCAAGAUCAACCACCCCACCACACUCUUCCUCCUGCGUGGGAACCACGAGUGCCGGCACCUCACAGAGUACUUCACCUUCAAACAGGAAUGUAAAAUUAAAUACUCGGAACGGGUGUACGACGCCUGUAUGGAGGCCUUCGACUGCCUGCCCCUCGCCGCCCUGCUCAACCAGCAGUUCCUGUGCGUGCACGGCGGACUCUCGCCAGAAAUCAACUGCCUAGACGACAUAAGGAAAUUAGACAGGUUUAAAGAGCCUCCCGCCUUCGGGCCCAUGUGCGACCUGAUCUGGGCAGAUCCCGGCGAGGACUACGGCAGCGAGAAGUCAUCCGAGCACUUCAACCACAACUCAGUCCGAGGCUGCUCCUACUUCUUCAGUUACUCAGCAGUCUGCGACUUUUUGGUAAAUAACAACUUGCUGUCUGUAAUAAGAGCCCACGAAGCACAGGACGCCGGGUACCGGAUGUACAGGAAAAGCCAGACCACCGGAUUCCCUUCAUUAAUCACAAUCUUUUCAGCUCCAAAUUACCUAGACGUCUACAACAACAAAGCCGCCGUAUUAAAAUAUGAGAACAACGUGAUGAACAUCAGGCAGUUCAACUGCUCGCCCCACCCCUACUGGCUGCCCAACUUCAUGGACGUCUUCACGUGGUCGCUGCCUUUCGUCGGAGAGAAAGUGACGGAGAUGCUGGUGAACGUUCUGAACAUUUGCUCUGACGACGAGCUCAUGUCGGAAGGAGACGACCUGUAUGAAGGCGGCACCUCGGCGAUGCGCAAGGAGGUGAUCCGGAACAAGAUCCGCGCGGUGGGGAAGAUGGCUCGGGUCUUCUCGGUUCUCAGGGAGGAAAGCGAGAGUGUGUUAACACUCAAAGGCCUGACCCCAACUGGAACUCUGCCACUGGGAGUGCUGUCGGGCGGGAAGCAGACCUUACAGACCGCUACCAUUGAGGCAGCUAAAGCAAAAGCCAUCCAAGGCUUCUCCCCAACCAGGAAGAUCCGGAACUUCGAGGAGGCGCGCGGCCUGGACCGGAUAAACGAGAGGAUGCCCCCGCGCAAAGACGGACAGCAGCCGGACGGCACCACCAUCAACACCAACACCCCCAACAAGAACGGUACCGACGGAUAAAGAGCCCCCCCCGUCUCCAGACACUGAGGCCACAAACACCACCAGACUGACAAACCCCAUCCUAUUUAUUGAAAGAUGAAAUAUAUUAGAUAUAUUGUGUCAUAGCAACCAAUCAUUGAAGACUUUUGUUCAAAUGUGUACCGAUAUAUGAUUUAAAAAAAGAAUUUUAAAAAAUCCGAGUUGAUACAGAUAGAUGAAACUCCUCUUAUCAGAGUUUUAGUUUGUUUUUAAUGGUUUUAAUGUGUUUGAUAAGGGAAAAGCCGGACAGGAGACCUGCUUAGGCCCUGGAGGUUCUCCGUACAGCGCAGUGUUUGCUUAUACGUACAUCAGUGAUUUUAAAAAAAGAGAACUAUAUGUAUGAUGGGAAGGUUGAGGGACGGAACUGAAGUCCAGCAGGUUAACUCUCCUGCCAUGUUGUGGAUGGAAAUUUAGCUUCAGCAGGUCACCGGCGCAUCAGAGGGAGAGUUUAGAGCCACCUCAGCUCCAUAGAAACGAGUGCAGACUGGAACCAGUGCUUUUCGCGUUGUGAGGCAGGAGUCCUAACCACUGCACACAGCGCAGGUCUUCAUUAAUCUGCCAAAUAUGCCAGAUUUGAUCAGUUCCACUGUUGUCCUCCAGGUGACAGUAUUGAGUUUACAUUCAGUUUUAAACCCCACAGGAAUGAGAGAUUGAAGGUGAAAAUAGGCUGCAGUACCUCUGAGCUGCCGCCAGAGGUCACAAUAAACCCUCAAUGGCUUCAAAACCUUUCCAAAGAAAGAAGAAAAUGUUGAUGUUUCAUUGGGACCGUCUCUGCUCUGUAUUGUGAAAUCGAAAUGAGAUUUAAUGAGGCUGCUGGAUUGAAUUGUUGUGUUUCAGCUCGAUAUGUGUCGCCCUGGCCUGAGUGGAGAACAUGGCAGGAGAGUUAACGUUUGUUUAUAUCAAUCAAAAUCCCUCUUUUUCUCACAUUUUAAAUGAAAACGGGUCGUUGGACGGACUUCGAUCUGAGCGGGUGAGAAAUGAAGGAACCCCUCUCGGCGUCCCCGUGACGGCAGCCAGGACGAACGAGAACGUGAAGGGCCGCCGCGUCCCAACCCGGCAGGUGUUAUUCAGUCACGUGGCGUCCCCCCCACGUGGAACUGGGAGGUUCUGGGUCUUCUCCGUGGCGUUCUGAGUUCCUUUCAGCUUCAGCGACAACAAAGCAACAAAAGAAGGACGUUUUGCUCACUUUGCCACAGCCGACCUCCCGGUAGACUCCAGUUCAUCCUGCGUGGGAAGAGCUCAGUGUAUUAAAACGGAUUGAUUUAAUGUUUUAUUGUUUAAAAAAAGAAGGAAAAAAAACUCAGUAAAGACAAGAAGAAAAGACUUUUUCUUUCUUUGACUGUAUUGGUGUCUCCAUCUACUGUUAAUUAUACAGAUCUUUCCUGAAUCGUGAGAAACCGUUGUGUAUUGAGUUUUUAAACUUUGAGUGGAUUGACAGCACUUUUCAAAGAGACUGAGUCACCCGAACACCCCCACCCUCCCCUCCCCGCCCCCCCAGCUAUAAAAGGAAGGUACCAGCGCCUUGCCACAGGCCUGCCACUGUCAUCCCCUCCAGCUCGGCUGACUCACAGGCCUACGUCUCCCGCUCUUCCUCCUCUUCCUCGCCACAGUCCCCCCCCCCCUCCCGACCCUUUAACGGUGCUUCGACACGCCUGACUGUAACGCCGCCGUCUGUCCGCCGCGCCAUAAACCAGACGGGAGCUGGAAACACAAGCUUUAACAUUUGCUAUUCUCCUGUAAAUUUCCUCCUUUAUUUUAUAAAACAAACUAAAAUGGAAAUGAGGCGUUUGCACUCAUGUGCCACACAAGUCCCUUAUGAAUGUGUGUGUGUGUGUGUGUGUGUGUGUGAGAGAGAGACAGUGUGGUCACGCUAGGAGACUUGAUUGAAGAUGUUUCAAGUGAAACGGCAUCUUUUUUGCGGAUUUGUUGAAAAAAAUGUUGCGCGUUUAUACGGCAGCGUUUUUUAAAAACUGCGGGUUUCCACUGAAACGGCAGAAGCAUUGGUUUAGCAUGCCAGAGGCCUCUGCUCUGAGGCAGGGCUGACAUGCCCAGGGCAUCUCAGUUAAAGAGCUUUUCCGCCCGCCAUCAGUGCGUGUUCAUGUGAAAAGGGGCGGGAUUUGCAGCGUCUGACCAAUUAAAUCGCUGAGAGCCGUUUGAGAGUCACACACACCGUCCAGGCCAAAGGCAGCAGUGGAGCCGUUUCUGCGUUUUCACUUGAAGAUGUGUAAAUGGAGCCGAAGCGUCUUGAUUCCUCCCUCUCGGUGGUUGCGCUGCCGUUGCGCUGCCGCGUUUCGUUCAGUAGAUUUGUGGGAAAUCUCCCGAACGCUUCAUGAAGUAUUUUGGUUUACAUUGGUUACUGUGACGUCGGGAGUUGUUUUGAAGGCCAGGCCUCUCUGGCCGAGUGCGACGGCAUGCUGACCUCCUGUCAGGUCUCACACACAUAUCUGCAGAAUGUAAAGUCAAAAAGAAAAAUGUUCAUCAAGACUCUUCUGGUAGCUGUAAGAAGCGAUGGGGGACGAAAUGUACCGUAUCUGUCAUGCGAAGCCAUGAAAUCUUUUACGUAGAUGUAUCACUUGGAAAAAUAAAAUAAUAUU